AUGGCAGAGCAGUCCAGCAAUGAUGGUAACAAGCAAGAUUCCGAGCAACCAGAACAGCAACAAGAAGAAGUGGAUGGAACCAGCUUUGAUCCUAAUGCAGACCCCAGAGAUCCUGGAAGAUACUAUACCUUUCCACAUUUUGCUGAAGAGAAGAGAGAGGAAGACACAAUUCCUUCGGGUCCAGAUACCCCUAAUCGCCAACCGGGCACACUCGACCACGACCCAAAGGCUCCCAAUCGCUCACCGGGUACAUCUCAAGACUCCACCACCACUCAAACAACCCCAAUCCCAAGAUCCACAAGCCCUUCAAAUGCAGAAGCAGCAUCUCCACCUUUCUGGCCUACCUCUCCAUCUCCGUUAUCAAAACGACUACGCCCAAAGCCCCCGUCAAUUCCUUCGCCUUCAGUGCUGCAAAGACGUGCUACUACUACCUCUCAAGCCUCAAGUCCGCAAGUUUCUCGUAUACAGUUGCUGGAGCGUAGAGCUUCUGCGCAAGUGCAAGCGAGCAAGGGUUAUUCUUCGCCUGCUGCGCGCUCGUUGAGGAGUAUUUCGGCAGCUCAAUCGCCUAGAGUAGAGGUGAAGAGGUCUGAGGAAGAAGGAAAGGAAGGACAGUCGCCUGUGAAAAAGCAGCAGCAGAAACGUCUUUCUUCGCGUUCGAAGGGGCCGCUUAUGAGUGAUCGUGGAAAGAACGGCUGA